AUGGAUGGAACAUUAGAUGGUGGACUUGAUAUCCCUCAUAACGAUAAGAGGUUUGCAGGUUUUAAGAAGGACAAGAAGCAACUUGAUGCAGAGAUUCACAGAAAGUAUAUUUUUGGUGGUCAUGUUGCCUCUUCCAUGAGGAAUUUGAUGGAGGAUGAGCCAGAGAAGUAGCAGGCGCACUUCAUUGAAUAUAUCAAGAGGCAAGCUGAGCCUGAUGGCAUGGAAGAGAUGUACAAGAAAGUUCAUGCUGCCAUUCGAUCCAGUAAAAUCGACAAAGUAACCACCAACGGAGCUUUGCAUUGCAGAUUUAACUUGAAGAAGCUUACUUAUGAGGAAAGGAAGGCUAGACUAAUUGAACGAUUGAAUGCCCUUAAUGCUUGUGCUGGUGCUGAUGAUUUUGACGAGGAUGAGGAUGAUGAAUGA